AUGGCUCCUACCAAACGUGGGAACCGCAAGAUACCCGAUUCUUUCCAGUCCAGACCAUCCUCUCAUUCCAAACCAUCCUCUCAUUCCAAACCAUCCUCCUCCCGCCGAGAACCUCCCCAGUCGCGAAAAUCACACCCACCCCGCGAAACCAGCCAUGAAGAGACGAAUAAUUCCGCCAAUGGCCUCGAUUUGGACACCACAGUCCCCCUCUCCCUUCAACAACUCCUCCUCGACGUCUUCAAAGCAGCCCUUCUCCCCUCAACCCCAGUGCACUCCGAGUCCCCCGACUCCGCCGAACCAUCACAACUACAGCCAGCAGACUCAACCCACCAAACCAACACACCCCUAGACACCAAAUCCUUAAUACAAACGAUAAAAUCACAUCUCUACCAACGGGACUUCGACUCGGCCUUCGCAGAUGCCGACGAUGAUCUGCUGCGCGCUUACGCGCUGCGCUGGAGUGCGGCCAGGGCUUUGGGGUAUGCGGGGCUAUUUAGGUGGGUGUUUGGGCUUAUGAGGGAUCAGAAGGAGGACAAUGCUUCUGGGAAGGGAUUGCAUACUGCGCCAUCUACCCGUGUUGUCUGCUUAGGUGGUGGUGCAGGUGCGGAGAUAGUUGCGCUUGCUGCGGCGUGGAGGGAUUUGGGCUGUGACGAUGGUGACGGAUUGGAAGAGGGUGUUGCUGGGUUGGCUCUGACGGAGAAGAAUACGGAGAAUGAGGAAGAAAGCGGGACUGGUCUUGGGGAAGCCUCAGGCCCCCGUCUCGCUGUCACGGCUGUUGAUAUCGCGGACUGGACUGCCGUAAUCGAGAGACUGUCCGACACGAUCACUUCGGCGGAUGUACCAACGCCGUCAACAUCAAAACACCAGCCACCGCUGGUGCGUGAGCGAAGCACGUUCUCCGUCUCGUUUCAACGGGCCGAUGUCCUCACUCUCCCCGCGUCCGAACUAAACGACAUCUUCCGCGACACCCAUGCCACUUCUGCUUCCUUACUGGUGACUCUAAUGUUCACCCUCAACGAGCUCUUCUCCACAUCCAUGCCUAAAGCCACCAAACUCCUACUCCAGAUGACCGAAACUCUCCCAGCAGGGACUGUGUUGCUGGUAGUCGACAGUCCGGGAAGCUACUCAACCGUCAAACUGAACGGGAAAGAUGGAAAUAUGCAGGAGCGCAAGUACCCCAUGAAGUUCUUGCUCGAUCACACGCUUCUCUCUGUGGCUGAGGGGAAGUGGGAGCGGGUGUUCUCGCAGGACUCGCGCUGGUGGAGGCGAGAUGCGCCACGGCUGCGGUAUGAGGUUGGAGAGGGUGCUGGACUGGAGGAUAUGCGGUUUCAGCUGCAUGUAUAUCGGAGGGUCGCAGGGUGA